ACAUGUUCGGUAUCCGGUUGGAAAAGGUAAUAAUAAGUUACAUCCGGCAUAAAUUUGCAAUCCACUUGGUACAUCGAAUUGCUAAAUUUUAAUAAACAAAUAAGAUAUCAAAUUGGUCUGUCGAUCUCUAGUAUAUAAAAAAAAAAAUGGCUUCCAAUGCCCCUGAUUAUAAAGAAUCAAUUCUUAAGAUUGCUAGUUCUGCCAUAUCUGCUAGUAAAAUUGGCUGGAGUCGUGCUAGACAGUUCACAGAAGAGCAGGUUGGAAGUGCAGAGAAAACACAAUAUGAUGCUCAGUUUGAAAAUCAAGUUAUGCAAGCAGAAAAAACAAGACAUUUAACUGAAAAACUUUUAAAACAAGCUGAAGCAAUGAUACAACCAAACCCAGAAACCAAUGUUUCGGUUCUAGGUUAUAGAAUUGAAGAAUUUUUGUUUGAGAAGUUAGAUAAAAAAACUCCAGCUCGUCCAACAAAUUCUUUUGUUCUUGGAGAGACAAUGUUAGAUGCUUCUCAAGAAAUUGGACCUGGAACUAGCUAUGGAUUUGCUUUGGGUAAAGUCGGAACAGGUUUAAAGAAAAUUGGUAAUGCUGAAAAAGAUUUCAUGCAGAAGACUGUUGCUCACUAUCUUCAUCCACUAAAAAAUUUCUUGGAUAUUGAAAUGAAAACAAUAUCUAAAGAAAAAAGAGCAUUAGACAUAAAAAGAUUAGACUUGGAUGCAUGCAAAAAUAAAGUAAGGAAAGCAGUUUCGCCUGAGAAAAUGCGGGAGGCAGAAAAUGAACUUCGAGUUGUCCAAGCAGAGUUUGACAGGCAGCAAGAACUCACUAAGUUACUUCUUGAUAGCAUCACUACAGUGCAUGCAAAUCACUUAAGUUCUUUACACAGUUUUGUUGAAGCGAUUGGUGCAUACCAUAUUCAAUGUCAGCAAUAUGUGUCAGAAAUACAGAAAGAAUUGCAGCUGUAUGUAUACCUUAAUUAUUCAGUAUAUUAUUUGACUUUUUUACGAUUGUCUUUUUAUAUUUUAGUUUUAUGGUUCAUGCUUGCAUUUUUUAGCCCAUUAGAACGGCCAACACGUCCUUUUCUCCCAUCUGACCCACCUCCUUACAAUUCGGUUAUGCCUUCUAGUCGACCGUUAGUGACUCGCCGCGCUAAGGUUUUAUACGAUUAUGACGCGUAUGAUACAACGGAACUAUCAUUACUUGCCGACGAGAUUGUAACGGUUUACAGUGUGGAUGGGCUUGCGAGUGAUUGGAUUAUUGCUGAACGAGGUUCCCAAUCAGGUAAAGUUCCAAUUACCUACCUUGAGCUUAUGUAAUGACGAUGCACUUAAAAUAAAUUAAUGCAAAAUAAUUUAUUAUUUUUAUAUAAAAAAUU